UCCCAACUUCAUUAGAAAUCUAAGUUGGAAAGUUUAGCUGCAAUGAACCAUUUCAUAUUAAACAACUCUGAACGACUUUGUUUACAUCUUUAUAUUUGAAGGUUUUUCCCCUUUAAAGGGAGGGGUUUUGCCAGGGUAAGACAAGAAUUUUUCCACAGUGUACUAACCAAUCGCAUCGCAGUGGGCGCGGCUGUGCCGGAAUACGGGUGUGGUGACAGGAAGCCUAAUGCGCGCUGCUGCGCGGGAGCUGUCCAGUGCUGAAGUUUCAUUCCGCCCGCGCGGAGCAGAAACCGAGAGCUGCACCCGAGCCGAAGAAGCUCGCGCAGGACGGCCGGAGUGUUUCCUCUGCCCGGGUGUCCGAUCGCUGGCCCUGCAGGGAUCUCUGGUCUCCGUCCAGCUCCUCUGCUCCGCGGUGGAUGAAGAGAGGACGCGGUGCUGGACGCUCUAAACAUGCCAAGGUCUUUCCUGGUGAAGAAGGUUAAGCUCGAUGAUUUCUCCUCCGCAGAUUUGGAGAGCGCGUACGGCAGGUCCAGGAGCGAUCUCAGCCUGCGGAUCCACCAGAAAGGAUACAUUAGCGACUACAUCACACCGACGACCUACGAUGGCGACAGCGACGGCGCGGUCAAAGUGCCCUCUCCAGGGCCGCUCUACGACGGACUGCGCAGCGACUACUGCGCGCCCGACUCGGACAGUCAGCCGGACAGCCCGCAGUCGGCGCUCACCGGCGGCUACAUCAACGGGGACGCAGCGGUGAGCGAGGGAUACGCGGCGGACGCCUUCUUCAUCACGGACGGCCGGUCCCGGCGGCGCGCGGCGGGGGGCGCGCGGGCCCCGCAGCGGCACGUGUGCGGCGAGUGCGGCAAGACGUACGCCACGUCGUCCAACCUGAGCCGUCACAAGCAGACGCACCGCAGCCUGGACAGCCAGCUGGCCAAGAAGUGCCCCACGUGCGGCAAGGCGUACGUGUCCAUGCCGGCCAUGGCCAUGCACCUGCUCACGCACGACCUCAAGCACAAGUGCGACGUGUGCGGCAAGGCGUUCAGCCGCCCGUGGCUGCUGCAGGGCCACAUGCGCUCGCACACGGGCGAGAAGCCGUUCGCGUGCGCGCACUGCGGCAAAGCCUUCGCCGACCGCUCCAACCUGCGCGCGCACAUGCAGACGCACUCCGCCUUUAAGCACUUCAGGUGCAAGAGGUGCAGCAAGACGUUCGCGCUCAAGUCCUACCUGAACAAGCAUUACGAGUCCGCGUGCUUCAAGGGCGCCUUCUCGGCGCUCGAGGCCUGAGGAGACUGAGGAGCGAGAGGAGGCCUGCUUCGGGCUGCACGUGACAGUGUUAUUAUUAUUAUUAUUUUUAUGGGAACUUCCAGCUCGAGCCGAGAGCAACAGCAGCACAAAGUUUUGUUUGCGUGCCUGAGGGGAUUUAUGACCCUCAGCAUCUCCUCACAGCAACGUGUCCCCAGAAAGACGUCCUGAGGGUGCGCACCUCCCAACCCCCCCAAGCCCCCUGCGUGCGUGCGCGCGCACUCUGGAUUUGGAAGACAGGAUUGAGUGACACAGUGCUGAUCAAUGACUUCCAACUCUUCUUUGUUUCUUUUCUUAUUACUGGAUAUUAUCAUACUGCUGCAAGUGACCCCUCCCCCUCCUCACAACUAGUCACAAUUGAGGUAAUUUUUAAUUUAUUUGUUUAUUUAUUUAUUUAUUUAUUUAUUUAUUUAUUUAUUUAUUGUUCACAGGCCAUUACUUUCCUUUCAUGAAAGGCAGAUGUUUGUACAUUUUUCUGUACGUUUUCUUUUCCCUUUUUCUCUUUUGUUUUUAUCUUAUUAACAUGCCAAAGCGUUUGGAUCCAUGAGAAUGAUUUUCCACCUCUUUGGUUUUAUAUGCCUAUGUAAUGCAUGCAAAAAAAGAUGAAGAAUCUAUGCCAAUAGCAUAAAGCUUAUCAUUUUGCCAAAACUUAGAUAGACAACAACAGGCAAUAUUUCUUGGGAUUCUUGUGAGGAUAUAUACAGCAAUAAUCACGUAAUGCAUGGUAUUUUUUGAAAAUAAUGAACUAUUACCUAUAGCAGCUUUUUUCUAAAAUCAGGUAUGUUUUGAUCUCCUAAUAAUCAAAUGAAAAAAAUAAAUAAAUAAAAUAAAAACCACAUCAGGGAAAACGCCAGUGUAGAGUUAGCCAAGUCGCCAAGACUUAAAAAGAAAAGUAUAAACCACUUUUUCUUUCGCUCUGUUGUUAUGCACUGCCUGCCUCUAAUUUAAAUGUAGUUUUAGGACGUAGGCUUGAAGUGCUGUAACUCUGCUCUAAGCAGUUCAGAAUCAUUUCUCCAAAUCUCUGGAACUCCAGGCCUGGAAAAGUAAAGGCUCCCUCUGUAGUUCACCCGAAGGGAUGAGGAAGAUUGCCAGUAGCAAGGAAGACAAACGUCUGCACAGCUGGGCUGUAAACCACUUGCACUGCACUUCAGGCUCGGAUUAAUGCAAGAUUCCUCUGUUUCUCCUGCCUGGGUGUCCCUCAGAUUCCUGCUGAAAGCACUUCAUUUUAGAGAGAAAGUAGCACAAAACCCUAGAUUCAGGUAGAGAUUACUGUACUAGACUGACCUUAGUUUUUGUAUCAUAAAUGAGGAAUAUCUGAGAAGCUCAGUUUAAAGAGGUGAUGUAGCCUAAAUGUAAAUACUCAUUUGAAGAGAAGAACCUUUUUACAACUGUAGACGAGUCUGCUGACUCCUGAUCAGGAGAUUUCUGAAUCAAAUAUAAAAUGUCCUGCGGUUUUUGAGCCAGUCUUCAACUGAUGUAAAAGCACAAGGCACCAGGCAUUUUGUGGCACUUCAUAAUAAAGAUGAAGUAAACAAAC